AUGACCGGGACAACCGUCUCUCCCCCCUCCACCUUGUGGGCUACAGCUUCCAAAGAAUGGGUCAUCCCUGCGAAACCCAAGCCAGGACGCAAGCCCAAGAAGGACCCCACCCAAACUAUGUCUGAGCUUUCUGAAAACGACGCAAAGGGCAGGCGCGUCCAAAACAGAGCCGCCCAGCGAGCUUUCAGAGAGCGCAAGCAAUCGCAGCUCGCCGAACUCCAGGCGCGUGUGCAGCAGUAUGAACAGGGCGAGGUCGAACGCAACAUCGCGCUUCAGAACAUUGCCAAGAGGCUCAAGGAGGAGAACGAGAAGCUCCGUGCAGAGAACAUCGCUCUCAAAGAAAAACUUGGAGGGUCGGACGAGUCUUCCACCUCGCAGGAUGGUUCCAGAAAGAGGACCAGGGGGGACUCUGGCUCGCGGUCUCCCAACUUUGCUAUCGCCCAUCUAUCUAGGAAAAAGUCCAAGCUCACCCCCGAUCCGCCCAACAUCUUUAUUCCUUCAGAAAGGCGCGCAUCCUACGACCCAUCGUCUCCAUCAUCAUCUACAUCUUCUCCGCGAUCUCACACAUCUUCACACACCAGCUUUUCGCCAUUACCUACGCUUUCGGCAUCGCACGAAGCCCAGGCCGGCAACUCUCUGAAUAGUAUGUUUGAUAUCUCAGUUAACGAAACUAAGAGUGCCUUGUUCGAAGGAGGGCCGUUAUCAUGUGGCUUCUGUAGCGAAACGAGCUCUUGCGUUUGCAAGGAGAUCACUAUGCAGCAGGUUUCCGACCAAUUGUCGCUGUCUGAUUCCACUUCGCAGCUCAUGAAGGAUCAUGAGUACGAGACCCCCGCUACACAGUUCCACUUGCAGGCCAGCCCGUCUACGAAAAAUCGUUAUUCCAUUCUGGAAAAUCUACCCGCGUACCAAGCUGCAGUUCCUCUCCGUCGCCGCCGCCAAAUUUCUCCUCUUCCACCCAUUUUUCCAACUUCCGAAAAUCCAACGCGCGCUGUGGGCGCGUCUUGCUCUGGCGACCCGAGUAAUUGUCUGGCAUGCGUAGACGAUGCGUUUGGCAAAGCAUUCUGCGACGCGAUCAGUAGGUCUGUCGCGAUGAAGUCCCAGUCAAGCUGCGGCUACUGUCCUGAACCAUCUCAAGUGCCCUCGAACAGCCAGUCUCUGGGCUGUUGCGGGAAUCCUGUUGCCUGCGGAAGCAUGGUUUGCGGUCCCCCGACGGUCGAUGCCCCUCCGACGUCUCCCCAUGUUCCCAAUGUGUCGACGACGAUGUCUGAUCCCCCUUCUAGUUCCGAUACAAUUUCCUGCGAUAAUGCCUGGCGGCAGUUGAAGUCUCACCCCAACGUCGCAUUUUCAGACCUCACCCUCCUUGCCGAGGUUGUCGCACGUCGGUCGAAGUGCAGUGGACCACGCGUAGAGAUUUAUGCCGCUCCAGGAUCUGUCAAUCCAGAGAGGACAUUAUCACCAGGAAAGAGCGAUCCUUCUCAACAGGCGCAUGAACGUCUUCUUUCAUCAGAGCUCCCCUCGCAGUUCGAUCAAAGCGGCAGUUCGCUCAAUGCACCAUCGCCGCCACCGCAGCUAGUUCCGCAGGAAGUACUAAUUAGCUGUGGACGUCAGCGUGUGCGAGAGGUUAUGACGGAUGGCGUCCAUGAUGCACUCCGACUACUGGACGCCAAAUUUCCGAUCAGUGGACGCUUGUCUAAUUAUUGCAACUAG